GCUCCCUGUGCGGGCUGAGACGGGAGCAGGCAGGCAGUGCUUCUGCACAGGGAUUCAGCGAUGAAUGAAGCUGAGCGCACAACUUCUCUCCAGUCCUGCUGUUGCUGCCCCCGCUGCUGGAGUUUCCUCUAGGAUUUUGUUCUUGUGACAAAAAAAAAAAAACACCCCACGAAGCUGGACUUUACUUCUUCUGCCAACAUGUAUUUUACAGCAUUGCUGCUGAUGCUGGGGGUCAGGAUCUACGCAGACAGCAUGGAAGGACCAACAGCUGGCUGCACCUUUGAUGAGGACUCGGACCCUGGCUUUUGCGAGUACCGGCAGGGCCAAGAGGAUGACUUCGACUGGCAGCUGAUCAGGACCUACAACUGGCCCCACCCGACCCCGGAUCUUCUACGAGGGUCCUUCAUGAUGGUCAAUUCCUCGCAGCAUUUCGGUGGCCAGCGGGCUCAGCUGCUCCUCCUCCCGCUAAGCGAGAAUGACACCCACUGCAUCCAGUUCAGCUACUUCCUGUACAGCCGUGAUGGCCACAGCCCCGGGGAACUGCAGGUCUACAUCCGGGUUAACGGGGGCCCCAAGGGCAGUGCAGUCUGGAAUAUUUCAGGCUCCCAGGGACGCCAGUGGCACCAAGUGGAGCUCGCCGUGAGCACUUUCUGGCCUAGUGAAUACCAGGUCAUCUUUGAAGCAACCAUUUCCGAAGAGCGACAAGGCUACAUUGCCUUGGAUGACAUUGUGCUGCUCAAUUACCCCUGUUACAAGGUGCCUCAUUUCUCUCGGCUGGGUGACGUGGAGGUGAAUGCCGGGCAGAACGCUUCGUUCCAGUGUGUCGCCACCGGCAAAGUAUCUGAGACUGAGCCCUUCCUCCUGGAGCGGAGAAACGGCAUGGUGCUGGACUCUCCUUUGCUGUCUCGGUUGAGCCAUAAACGACUGAUGGCAACCUUUCAAGUGGAGGCCCAACGUGGGGAGCAGGACCUCUACCGCUGCAUCACCCUGUCCCCAAGGGGCGCCACCAUCUCUAACUUUGGAGAACUCAUCGUCAGGGUGCCACCAACACCGAUUGCCCCUCCCCAGCUCCUGCGGGCAGGCCCCACCUAUCUCAUCAUCCAGCUCAACACCAACUCCAUUGUUGGGGACGGACCGGUCAUCCGGCGGGAAAUUCAGUACCGCGCCAGCCAGUCCAUGUGGACUGAGACUCACGGUGUGGGCUCACUCACCUAUAAAGUUUGGCAUCUGGAACCAGACACAGAGUACCGCAUCAGCGUCCUGCUCACCCGACCCGGUGAGGGCGGCACUGGAGCACCUGGACCCCCUCUGAUCAGCAGGACAAAGUGUGCAGAGCCCAUGCGUGCCUUGCGGGGUCUGACAGCUUCAGAGAUCCAGCCCCGGCAGCUGACCCUUCAGUGGGAGCCACUGGGCUACAACCUCACCCGCUGUCACACCUACACCUUGUCCCUGUGCUACCGCUACUCCAUGCCAACAGGGGGCAGUGGGGGGAACAAUGCCACAGUCAGAGAGUGUCUCUCCGUGGAUCGUAACACAUCUCACUUCACCCUAAGAGACCUGCCACCCUUCCGCUCGAUCCACAUCCGGCUGUCUUUGGCCAACCCCGAAGGCAAGAAGGAGAGCAGAGAGGUCACCUUCCAGACUGAGGAAGACAUUCCUGGCGGCAUCGCUUCGGAGUCUCUGACCUUCACCCCACUUGAUGACAUGAUCUUCCUUAAGUGGGAGGAGCCUGUGGAGCCUAAUGGUCUCAUCACGCAGUACGAGAUCAGCUACCAGAGUAUCGAGUCGUCAGACCCAGGCAUUAACGUGCCAGGACCACGCCGUACGGUGUCCAAGCUGAGGAAUGAGACAUACCACAUGUUCUCUGGCCUGCAUCCUGGAACCACCUACCUGGUGUCAGUCCGGGCUCGAACCACCAAGGGCUUCGGCCAGACGGCGCUCACUGAGAUCACCACCAACAUCUCCGCCCCGGUCUUUGACUAUGAAGACAUCCCCUCUCCACUGAGCGAGUCGGAGAGCACCAUCACUGUUCUGCUGCGCCCUGCGCUGGCAAGGGGGGCUCCUGUCAGUGCCUACCAGGUGGUGGUUGUGGAAGAGGAUGGUUCCCGUCAGGUGAGGAGGAGGGAGCUGGGCACCAUCGACUGUUUCCCCACACCAAAUUCCCACAACGGGCCGCAGGCCAAAGGGGCCCCACAUUACUACACAGCUGAACUGGCUCCCAGCAGCUUGCCCGAGGCCACGCCCUUCACCGUGGGUGACAACCACACCUACAAUGGCUACUGGAACAGUCCUUUAGACCCCACAAAGAACUACCUCAUCUACUUUCAGGCCACCAGCAACUUCAGAGGGGAGACGAGGAUAAACUGCAUUCGGAUUGCUCGCAAAGCCGCCUGUAAGGACUCGAAGCGUGCUCUGGAGGUAUCCCAGCAUUCCGAAGACAUGGGUUUGAUUCUUGGGGCUUGCGUCGGAGGUCUGGUGGUCUUCAUUCUGCUUCUCGGAGCUGUCGUCAUCAUCGUCAAGAAGGGAAGGGACUUCUAUUCUUACCCUUACUACCCGAAGAAGGUGGCCAUAAACAAGGCAGCCAUGUCCUAUAGGCAGGAGAAGAGUCGGAAGCUGAGCUCUAUCGACUGCAGCAUGACAGAACAGAGCACACUUCAGCAGGAUGAGAGGAUGGCCCACUCCUUCAUGGAGGCCCAUGGCUGCACUGCUCGAAAUGAGCAGCGUAGCUCCGUCAACGAGUCCAGCAGCUUACUGGGUGGCUCGCCGCACCGUCACUGCCGGAGGAAGAGCUCGCCUUAUCACACCGGUCAGCUCCACCCCGCUGUAAGGGUGGCUGACCUCCUCCAGCACAUCAACCAGAUGAAGACCGCUGAGGGAUAUGGCUUCAAACAAGAAUAUGAGAGCUUCUUUGAUGGCUGGGAUGUCACGAAAAAGAAGGACAAGACCAAAGGAAGGCACGAUAGCUUGCUCAGCCAUGAUCGCCAUCGAGUCAAGCUCCACUCUCUACUUGCAGACCCCAGCUCUGAUUAUGUCAAUGCAAACUACAUUGACGGUUACCAGCGAUCAAACCACUUCAUCGCCACUCAAGGCCCGAAGCAGGAGAUGAUCUAUGACUUCUGGAGGAUGGUUUGGCAGGAGAACUGCUUCAGCAUUGUCAUGAUCACCAAGCUGGUGGAAGUGGGCAGGAUGAAGUGCUGUAAGUAUUGGCCUGAUGACACUGAGCUCUAUGGUGACAUUAAGAUUACGCUACUGAAGACAGAAACACUGGCAGAGUACACUGUGCGUACCUUCGCCAUGGAGAGGAGAGGUUACCCUGCAAAACAUGAGGUGUGCCAGUUCCACUUCACCUCCUGGCCUGAGCACGGGGUGCCAUAUCACGCUACCGGACUGCUGGCUUUCCUGCGCCGGGUCAAAGCCUCAACACCUCCCGAUGCUGGGCCUGUGGUGGUCCACUGCAGUAUGGGGGCAGGCAGGACCGGCUGCUACAUUGUGCUGGAUGUCAUGCUGGAUAUGGCUGAGUGCGAAGGAGUGGUGGACAUCUACAACUGUGUCAAGACCCUGUGCUCCAGACGUAUCAACAUGAUCCAGACUGAAGAGCAGUAUGUAUUCAUCCAUGAUGCCAUCCUGGAGGCUUGUCUGUGCGGAGAGACUGCCAUCCCCGUGAAUGAGUUUGCACUCACCUAUAAGGAAAUGCUAAAGGUUGACUCUCAGAGCAACACCUCGCAGCUCAGAGAGGAGUUUCAGACUCUGAACUCGGUGACUCCUCACCUGGACGUGGAGGAGUGCAGCAUUUCUUUGAUGCCCAGGAACCGUGAGAAGAACCGCAGCAUGGAUGUCCUGCCGCCGGACCGCUCCCUCGCCUUCCUUGUAACCACUGACGGAGAAAGCAGCAAUUACAUCAACGCAGCGCUCGCCGACAGCUUCCUGCGGCCUGCUGCCUUCGUGGUGACGCCGCACCCGCUGCCCGGCACCACCACCGACUUCUGGAGGCUCGUGUACGACUACGGCUGCACCUCGGUGGUGAUGCUCAACCAGCUCAACCAGUCCAACUCUGCCUGGCCCUGUCUGCAGUAUUGGCCUGAACCAGGCCUGCAGCAGUUUGGGCCGAUGACGGUGGAGCUUCUGUCCCGGACAGCCGAUGAUGACGUUAUCAUCCGUCUCUUCCGGGUCCAGAAUAUCACUCGACUUCAGGAAGGUCAGCUCGUGGUGCGCCACUUCCAGUUCCUGCGCUGGUCGCCGUACCGCGACGUGCCCGACUCCAAGAAAGCCUUCCUUAGCCUUUUGGCUCAGGUUCACAACUGGCAGAGGGAGUGUGGAGAAGGACGCACCAUCGUCCACUGCCUGAACGGUGGCGGUCGAAGUGGUACUUUCUGUGCCUGCACCAUGAUACUGGAAAUGAUUCGUCACCACAGCAUGGUGGACGUGUUCUUUGCUGCCAAAACACUGCGCAACUCUAAGCCAAACAUGGUGGAGACAAUGGAGCAGUACCGAUUCUGCUAUGACCUGGCCCAGGAGUACCUGGACUGUUUAGAGGUCAGAUAGCACCAAUCCCUCACUUCUCAUCCUUCUUCGAGUAGAAGGUCUGGAUCCCAGAUCCUGCGUCCUGGAUCUCUGCCCCUGCCUCCUUAGUCCAUGUAUACAGCUCUGGUUGUCUCCUUCGCCAUGCCCAGAUGAAACAUCGCCUGCCAUUAAGACUGACUGAGAAAGCUCAGUGGACAACUUGUAACAUACUACUGACACCCUUUUUGCUUUUCCUCAGUGCUCUGAUCCAACCUGUACUGUUUUGUGCCACUUUACAUCUGCCAGACCAGAGGACACUUAACAGAAGUGGAGUUCAUUUUAUACACAACCACUGUCAAGGCAGCCGGACUACCUGUUGUACACCUCAGUGACAGGAUUCAAAGAGCUCAGCUGUGUCCUGCCUUACUAUGAACAAACACUAAAAGGGAACUACAGUUGAUGCCAACCACUGGGUGAUAUUUUGUGUUUGUUUGUAACACUGUAAAUGGUGCAAUCUGCUGUUGGUGAAUAUUCCAUGUUGUACUGUACUAUAUCUGAACUUUGUUGUGGGUAAGGCUGAGAAUUGAUGUAUAACUGAGGGUGAAGAGGAGAGAAGUUGUUCACAUCCGAUGGACAUAUCUGUACAGUAGAGUUGUCUUGGACCUAAUUUCUCUUUAUUUAUUUUCUGUGUAUAUAGAUGUUUUUUUCCCUCCUUUCUGCAGCUGUUUCUAGAUGUUCUCGACAUUUCAUCAAUGUGCCAAUCCAUUCUCUCUGUGUCUGUAAAUGGGGACCACUUCAGCAUCUGCAUGCUCAGUCUUAAGUGUUUCAUUACAGUGUGUGGCCCAAGUCUGCUUAAGGGUGGAUUCUGUGACACGAAUCCCUUUGCUAAUGCCGAGAGAACUCCGUGAGAAUAACCUGCUGUGAGAAUCCGGCGAAAAUCUGUCGCUUUCUAAAUUUGUAUUUAUUCCUUGUGUUUUAUUUUCUAAAUAGUGUAUAAAACACAAAAAUAAAUAAAAUAUGUUGUUGCUUAACA